GAAAGAGAGAGAGAGAGGCAGAGCAGUACACUUUAGCUCAGUUAACAGAAGAAAGGUUGACCUGUAUUAACUCCAGUGCAGCAGAACCUCAGCCUGUUGGAGUUGUUUCUCCAACUGUUUUCUCCUCCCCAGCCUUCCCAAAGUUAAAACGAGAAGAGUGUAUGACAGAGCAUGACGAGGAAGUUAGGUUCGUGAAUUGAAUGAUGGACAGUUGGCGGAAGCGUUUGUUUUGAGAAGUACAUGGCACAGGGUUAGGAGAGGGAAGCUGAGAGGAGAGAGAGAGAGAGACACUGCUAUAACACAAAAGAAUCAGGAAAGUUUCCUCCUUUACCCACGCACACCACUGCCAGACUUGCCAAGUCCUUGGAGGGAUGGGUUUGCUGAGUGUCGACCUGCUCAUCAAGCUGCAGAUCCUGCCAGGUUUCUUCUCCAACUGCCUCUUCCUGGCGGUCUACGACUCGGUGGUGCUCCUCAAGCAGGUGGUGGCGCGGCUCAGCAGCGUGGGUGCUCCGCGCGACGGCCACGCUCCCCGCAUGCUGACGGUGGAGGGGAUGCAGUCGGUCUGGCGGAGCUUCCUGCUGGACGCGUUCAAGCGGGUGAAGCUGGGCGGCGAGGCCCCCAACUCGCGGGUGGUGCGGAUGAGUGCGAUGGAGGGCGGGGCGGCGGACGAGCAGGAGCGGAAGGGUGAGUGUCACCUGCUGGACUUUGCCAGCGCCAGCAGGCCCCUCGUGGUCAACUUUGGCUCAGCCACGUGACCUCCGUUUGUUGACGGGCUGCCGGCGUUCUGCCGCAUGGUGGAGGAGUUCUCGGCGGCUGCUGACUUCCUGUUGGUCUACAUCGAUGAGGCCCACCCCUCUGACGGCUGGGCUGCCACCUCUCAGUUCCAGCUGCCUCGUCACCGGAGCCUCGCGGAGCGAUGCUCUGCUGCCAACCUAUUACUUCGGCACUUCCGGGUGCCCUCCCAGUGCCAGGUGGUGGCCGACUGCAUGGACAACAACACCAACGUGGCUUAUGGCGUUUCCUUCGAGAGGUUCUGCAUCGUACAGAAUGAGAAGAUCGCCUAUCUGGGAGGGAAAGGACCGUUUUUCUACAACCUGUCGGGGGUCAGAGCGUGGCUGGAACAGCACAGCAGCCGGAAAGAGUAAAAAUGCAAAACGCAGCGAUGCCAACACUGCCACCCGGAAGGAUGAGGGCAGCAGACACGCAGGGAAGGCUUCCAUCUCCAAGUUCGCCUCCAAGUCACCAUCGGCACCAACCCUGAAUUGGACUCUCAGCAGCCUGGCCUUCACCUUCACUGGGUCAAAUGCCCUAGAAGCCGCUGUUGCCAUGAGAGUUCCCUCACCACAACGGCUCAAGAAGCAGGCUCACCGUUACCACCUUGCCAGCUUUUCCAGCGACGCUCACACCCUGAGACUGAACUUACUUUUUUCAGAAAAGCAUUGAGACAAACAAGGAAACCUUACUCCUGACUUAAACUCACGAGUCCAGUGUUAAAAAAUGGUGAACAAUCUCACCAAUGGCCUUGCAAUGGAAAACAAAAAAAAAAAUUGACUGAACUGAACUCCAAAAUCUUCGUCCUGGGAUGUAGAUUGUUUUAUUUAAUUAUUGCGGCACCAAUUUUGAAUAUCACAGGUUUGCUUUGUUGAUUACUUUUAGAUGAUAAUUUAUUCCUUUAACGGAAUUGUGUAGUGUUGCCAAACGCAGGUGGGUUUUACUCAGUUUCUUUCUCCUGUUGUUUGCCGUGCAUCUUUUUAAACCAUGUGCCGAUGAUUUUACGUCCUGUGAGUCUGCCUUAUCUUUUAAGUUAUUGAGUUGCGGGUUCUACCUCGCGGAAAUCCAAUGGAGCAAAGGUCGAGAGGAGAACUGGGCGUGUGGAAUGAAGAUAGCUGACGAAAGAGUUCUACGCUCAGUCAGUGUUCGGAAGAGAAAGCAGCACUGCCCACUCCCGAUGCUCUCUCCCGCUGCAUGUGAAGUAUAUUGAUGGUGUCUUGAAAUUAUUUAUAUAUCUAUAUCUAAAGAAUCAAUCUGUGGUGCUAUGCA